AUGGGUAAUACUGCCGAAAAAGUUGCUAUUUUGGAGUGUUCUGAAGAACUGAUUUGUUUCCGAAUUCGCGACGAUGUGAUUAUAAUGUCAUGGUCAACAUCAGUCGUAUUAGCUCAUGAAAUCGGAAUCUUUCGAGGACUAGAUAAUCCUUCUUCACCUUUGGCUAAUUCGGUAACAGUUGAAGAGUUCGAAAGCCAAAGAUGCUGGAAGACAACUGUG